AUGGCAACCCCCUUACCUGAUCCCUUCACCUACAGAAGCAUGGUAGGUGCACUACAAUACCUCACUAAUAUCAGACCGGACAUUGCUUUCAUCGUUAACAAACUCAGUCAAUUCCUAAAAGCCCCUACUGAUACACAUCGGUCUGCGGUCAAGCAUGUUCUUCGUUAUCUCACAGACACCUUAUACCAUGGCCUUACUAUCCAACCCACCAAUAGUCUUACCAUCACUACCUUCUCAGAUAUGGAUUGGGCUUCUAAUCUGGAUGAUAGAAAAUCGACGGCCACCUACUGUCUUUACCUUGGCUCUACACUUAUCUCCUGGUCAUCCAAAAAGAAAAUGGCAGUAGCUCGCUCGAGCAUUGAGUCCGAAUACAGAGCUCUUGCUCACGCUACUGCUGAAAUUUCGUGGGUACACAAUCUCCUCUCUGAAAUUGGUUUCUCUCCGGCUAAUGUACCUAUACUCUAG